UCAGCGGAGACAGGUGUCAGGCUGUGAUGCACCUGACCAAUCCACCUGUGUUAGACAGAGGCAGCAGAGCAGAAGGAGUUGUUUUCUCUCAGAACGACAGAACAAACAGAAGAAAAAAAAAGGAGGAAAGCAUGACGUCAUUUGUUCCACAUGCCCUUUCACCCCAAUUCCACAGCAUGGGGCAGGAGUCCCAGGAAUUCAGCCUGUAUGGUGACAACUUGUACAGCACUCAGCCUGUGCCUAGUCCACAGCAAACCCUGCCGUCUGCUUACGAUUUUGGAGAAUACGCUGGCCAGACAUCCAACCCUUACCUGUGGUUCAAUGGACCCGGGAUCAAUCCGGCUCCUCAACACUAUGGGAUGACAAAGCCGUACGUGGCCACAGGCGGAAUCGGAGGCUCGGAAGGUGGUUUCAGCUGGUUCUCUCUGCCUUCUCAAGAAGAUCUGAUGAAACUCGUGAGGCCUCCUUACUCUUACUCAGCACUUAUUGCGAUGGCAAUACACGGAGCCCCAAACCGUCGCCUCACUCUCAGCCAGAUCUACCAGUAUGUAGCUGACAACUUCCCCUUCUACAACAAGAGCAAAGCCAGCUGGCAGAACUCAAUCCGCCAUAAUCUCUCACUCAACGACUGCUUCAUGAAAGUACCCAGAGAUGACAGCGAUCCAGGCAAAGGAAACUACUGGACCCUUGACCCAAACUGCGAGAAGAUGUUCGAUAACGGCAACUUCCGUCGCAAGAGGAAGAGAAAAUCUGACUCUCUGGCCGAAGAGGAGGGUAAAGGUUAUUCUGGAUCGGACUCGGCUCUAUCGAGUCCGAAAGAGCCCACUGAUACCUCAGAGAGAGGAAACUCUCCGGUUUCCAAAGAUCCGACUCCGUGUCUCAGUGGCUUUCUAAGUCAAAUGGGUGAUGUGGCUUCAGGCUCAAGAGAGGCUCUUCUCCCAUCUCCCCUAGCUUUGCCUUUGAGCCAAAGAUCUUCUCAGACUGGGGCGUAUGACUCGUACUCGCCGAACGCUACUGUGCCGCAAUGGGAAACCCACAUCCCUCCUCCCGUCCCAUCCAACAUCUCCACUUCGCACACUUCGUACACAGACAGCUAUAGUGUCUCUAUGCUCAACCAGUACACCAGCCAGCUCUAUCCAGUGAUGGGCUCCUCUGACUUGCUGUAUCCACGGGAGGGAACAGAGGUGUAGCGUGGGACGUAGCAUUGUCAGGUAUGAACUGUGGCAGAGGGCACUUGAGGGAGCAGUUGGCCUGCAUUGUGAGCCACCGCAGUGCCUGAGUCAGCAGGUCCGAAUGGACGCAGAGGAAAUUCCCUCUAUCAGACAGUUGUGUGAACGCCCUCACACACUCUUCUUAGAUUCUUCUCAGCUUGUUGACAUCAUCUAAUUCAUGUUGCAGCUGAAAGACAACUGUAAUCGCCCCAGGCUACCUCUCCCAGUCCCGA